AUGGAUUUCAAAUCUUUUAUUUUUCUCAUACUACUGUCUGGCGUGGUUCUCAUUUCUGUAGUUGUGGCUGAUGAACCAGAUCCUGAUCCACCAAGUCCAAAGAAAAACGUCAAUGAAGACCUUAAGGGAUGGGGAAGGAAGAUGAUUUUGGUUCCACUUCAUGAUGAAAAUUGCAAGGAAAACAUAGGCGGAGAAUAUGGUGAUAGCAUAUUUGGUGAAAUUGGCGACGGUGGCGUUCAAGGAAGAGAUAGUAUAGGUGGUAUAGGGAAAGGUGGAAGUGUUAAUGAUCGAAUAGAUCAUGGUGGUGGAAAAAGUGGUAGCGGAGGAGAUUAUGGAGAUGGAACUGGAGUAGGAGAUGGAGAAAGUGUUGGAAGCAGAGAUUACAGUAAUGGAAGAAGUGGAGAAAACGUCAAUACAAGUGGCGGAGGUGGUGGAAGCGAAGUAGGAGGCGGAGGAUAUUAG